AUGGCGACAGUCGCAGUCAAAGGCCAUUCUUCCGAUCCUGCCUCCGCUCUGCUCAUAGCACAGCAGGCUCCCUCGAUCCUUGCAAAGUCGUCAUCUGUCAGUACGACCUUUCCUGCAUCAAUGUUCAACACGGCGGAUUCCGCUGAACUAUGGGACGAACUUGAACAACUCCUCUAUGCCUGCCUACGGACAGGGGACGACAAGUCUGCUUUUCUAUGUGUGGAGCGAUUGAGUCACCGGUUUGGGUCAACCAAUGAAAGAGUUAUGGCCUUGAGAGGGCUAUAUCAGGAAGCCACGGCUGCAGAUGAAAUGGCACUGCGGAGGAUAUUAGAAGACUAUGCCAGAAUACUGAUGGAGAAUCCCAUGAAUGUCCCCAUUCAUAAGCGACGAAUUGCGCUUAUGAGAAGCCUGGGGAGGCCGCAAGAUGCUAUCAAGGACCUGGUGGAAUUUGUUGAUUCCUUUCCCACCGACAUGGAAGCGUGGUGUGAGUUGAGCGACCUCUAUCGCUCGCAGGGAAGCCUUCCACAAGCUAUCUUUUGCCUGGAGGAGGCCGUAAUCAUCGCUCCCAAUGCAUGGAACCUUCAUGCACGACUCGGCGAACUCGAGUAUCUGGCUGCCAUGUCGUCAACGGAGAGUGCCGGCGUGGAGAAGCACCUGUCACAGGCAAUUCAGCGAUUCAGUCGAAGCAUUGAACUUUGCGACGACUAUCUGCGGGGGUUCUACGGGCUUAAGUUGGCCACGGACAAGCUCCUGCUGACCAACACGACAUCAAAGGGGAACACCAGCUCGCCGAUCACCCCAGACAAGUUGCAGAAAUUGAACCAGUUGGCCACGUCAAAACUGGAGGCUAUCAUCAAGGACCGCAGCGGACCAAGAUCCUCCGGGACCGAUCAGUCGGAAGUUAUUGCAGCCCAGGAAUUGUUGAACAGAUCCAAGGGCUGA